AUGGAUCCUGUCCGACCACCAUUUAGGGGCCCUCCUCCUGUCCACCCAUCUCAAUUUGUACGGAUGCCAGGCUGUUGGCCACAAGCUCCUAAACCUUUGGCCUCAGGUCUGGGCAGGGCAGGACCAGCAGGCAGAGGCCAUGCAUUUGGAAAGCCAGAGGAACCAGGCACACAGAGGGGGCCAGCACAAAGGGAGUCUGUGGGUUUGGUCUCCAUGUUCCGAGGCCUGGGCCUUGAAACAGUUUCCUGGACCUCUCGGAAACAUGAAAUGCUUCCUUCAGGUAGAGGCAUUUUAGGUCGAGGCUUUUCUGCUAAUAUGGUGCACAAGGACAAAGAAGAACCCCGUUCCACUUUCCCGGAUCCUUUAGUGUUGGCAGCUGGGGAUAGCAAGAUGGCAGAGGCCUCUGUUGGUCGGAAUAGAGUGCUUGGAAGGGGGAGUUCAGAUGCUGCUUUAUUACCCCUGGGAAGGGCAGCUGCCGGUAUCGGCAGAGGAGUGGACAAGCCUCCCAGUGCCUUCAGCCUAACUUCCCGGGACCCCUCACGGCUGUCAUCACCUCCGGCUCUGCCCCAGCCCUCCCUGCACUCUCCAGAUCGCCCUCUGGUCCUGACGGUGGAACACAAGGAAAAAGAGCUUCUUGUGAAGCAAGGAUCAAAAGGAACACCUCAAUCUUUGGGACUGAACCUCAUCAAAAUACAGUGUCAUAAUGAAGCAGUUUAUCAAUAUCAUGUGACUUUCAGCCCCAAUGUGGAGUGCAAAAGCAUGAGGUUUGGCAUGUUGAAGGACCAUCAAGCUGUCACCGGAAACAUCACUGCUUUUGAUGGAUCCAUUCUCUAUCUGCCUGUUAAGCUUCAACAAGUUUUCGAGUUAAAAAGUCAAAGGAAAACUGAUGGUGCUGACAUCAGCCUUAAGAUUCAGUUGACGAAGAUCUUGGAGCCCUGCUCUGACUUGUGCAUUCCCUUCUACAAUGUUGUUUUCCGCCGGGUAAUGAAACUUUUAGAUAUGAAGCUUGUGGGGAGAAACUUUUAUGACCCUACAAGUGCUAUGGUACUACAGCAACACAGAUUGCAGAUCUGGCCAGGCUACACAGCUAGCAUCCGGAGGACAGAUGGAGGUCUUUUCCUGCUAGCAGAUGUCUCCCAUAAGGUCAUUCGGAAUGAUUCCGUGCUGGAUGUCAUGCAUGCCAUGUAUCAUCAGAAUAAAGAAAACUUCCAGGAUGAGUGUACUAAGCUUCUGGUUGGCAAUAUUGUUAUCACCCGAUAUAAUAAUCGUACCUAUCGUAUUGAUGAUAUGGAUUGGAAUAAGACCCCAAAAGAUAGCUUCACGAUGUCUGAUGGGAAGGAGAUCACGUUCUUGGAAUACUACAGCAAAAACUAUGGGAUCACAAUUAAGGACGAGGACCAGCCACUGCUGAUCCACAGGCCCAGUGAGAGACAGAACAACCAUGGGACGCUGCUAAAAGGCGAAAUCCUGCUGCUGCCUGAGCUUUCCUUCAUGACUGGAAUUCCGGAGAAGAUGAAAAAGGACUUCAGAGCCAUGAAGGAUCUGACCCAACAGAUCAACCUGAGCCCCAAACAGCACCACAGUGCUUUGGAAUGCUUGCUACAGAGGAUUUCAAAGAACCAGACAGCCAGCAAUGAACUGACGCGCUGGGGGCUCUAUCUGCAAAAGGAUGUACAUAAGAUUGAAGGACGCGUUCUACCAAUGGAAAGAAUUAACUUAAGAAAUAUGUCAUUUAUCACAUCUCAGGAACUAAACUGGAUUAAGGAAGUAACCAGAGACCUUUCCAUCCUGACUAUCCCCAUGCACUUCUGGGCACUUUUUUACCCAAAGAGAGCGAUGGAUCAGGCCCGAGAACUGGUCAACAUGUUAGAGAAGAUAGCUGGCCCUAUCGGCAUGCGUAUGAGCCCACCGGCCUGGGUUGAACUAAAGGAUGACCGAAUAGAGACCUAUAUCAGAACCAUUCAAUCCAUGCUGGGAGUUGAGGGGAAGAUACAGAUGGUGGUUUGCAUCAUCAUGGGCACGCGUGAUGAUCUCUAUGGGGCCAUCAAGAAACUGUGCUGCGUGCAGUCCCCUGUGCCCUCCCAGGUCAUCAAUGUUCGAACCAUUGGUCAGCCCGCCAGGCUUCGGAGUGUGGCCCAGAAAAUUUUACUGCAGAUUAACUGUAAAUUGGGUGGUGAGCUCUGGGGAGUGGAUAUUCCUCUGAAACAAUUAAUGGUGAUCGGGAUGGAUGUGUACCAUGACCCCAGCAGAGGCAUGCGCUCUGUGGUUGGCUUCGUUGCAAGCAUCAAUCUCACCCUCACAAAAUGGUAUUCACGAGUGGUGUUCCAGAUGCCUCAUCAGGAGAUUGUGGAUAGCCUGAAGCUGUGCUUGGUGGGCUCCUUAAAGAAGUUUUAUGAGGUGAACCACUGUCUACCAGAGAAGAUCGUGGUGUACCGUGAUGGAGUGUCUGAUGGCCAACUAAAGACAGUUGCCAACUAUGAGAUUCCUCAACUGCAGAAGUGUUUUGAAGCUUUUGAGAAUUACCAGCCCAAGAUGGUGGUGUUCGUAGUUCAGAAGAAAAUCAGCACCAAUCUGUACCUGGCUGCCACUGAGCACUUUGUGACUCCCUCCCCGGGGACUGUGGUAGAUCACACAAUAACGAGUUGUGAGUGGGUGGAUUUCUACCUUCUUGCCCAUCACGUACGGCAGGGCUGUGGCAUUCCGACACACUAUGUCUGUGUUCUCAACACCGCAAACCUGAGCCCCGAUCACAUGCAGAGGUUGACUUUCAAACUGUGCCACAUGUACUGGAACUGGCCUGGUACCAUCAGAGUCCCAGCGCCUUGCAAGUAUGCCCACAAGCUAGCUUUCCUAGCAGGACAAAUCUUACAUCACGAACCAGCCAUGCAGCUGUGCGAGAACCUGUUCUUCCUGUGACCGCGCAGCCUGCGUGCAGGCCGGUUAGGAGAAAGUCCACUUCUGAACUCGGCUGGGACUCUUGCAGAAUCAGCGGAGGAUGAAGUGGGUUUUGUGUUGGCGUUUCCCCUUCCUCCAACUCUGUAGAAUAAGAUUCUUUUUUUUUUUUUUUCUCUUAAACCAGGUAUCACGAAAAAGCAAGUUUCUUUUUAAGUAUAAGCUGGAAAUUGCCUUGUUGCCUUUGUGGAGCACGUGGUGGUAGCACCCCACCUCUGCGCAGACAGAGCGGGUGAAUCCGGGCGAGUCAUUAGCAGCGUCCAGAGCCAACAAGAGCUGUAGAAACCUGCAGAAGCACCAAUUGCACCUCUAAGCUCUGCUUACUAAGCAGUUCCAAUUUCUGGUGCCAGAGGUGAUAAUGAAUGAAGUCAUUGCAAAUUCUUAAAGUAGAGAGAGUUACUUUAUUUGGGCAGCUGGGUAAGGUCAUAACAGGCCCGUGAAGUGACAGUUUUCAAAUAGGUAUUUCUAUUGCCGGCAGGUGUGCAAGUUGUGUAGUAAAACCAGCUUGUGGCAUAGUCAGGCCCUUGAUGACUUAAUCUUCUCUGGGGAUUGAGUUUAUGAUGCCUGUGACCUGAGUUGGAUUUGAAAGUAGCUUUCACCUAUUCUGUGGCCUCUUGACAGAGUCCACAUGAAGUUUUUCUGUAGCUUUCAGUUACUUUACAGCAUACCAUUGCUUCCUUCCCCCAAAUAGACACAUGCACACACACAUCUUUGCUCUUUGUGACUGAUCUUCAGUAAGUUUUAGUUUUUGUUGUUUUUUUUUUUUUUUUUU